UGCAUGGCAAGUUCGUCCAAGGUCCCCAAAAUUGAGAAAGCUGAUGAAUUUUCCCUUUCCAUGCAAUCAAUGGCAAGAUUGCCCAUGGUCCCCAGAACUGAGAAAGUUGAUGAUGGCGGGUCCAGGGAAAUAGAGUUUCCUUCUGAGCCUUUGCCCAAAGGUUGGGAGCAAUGUCUGGCUAUUAAGACAGGGGAGUUGUUCUACAUUUGCAGGAGCUGUGGCAAAAGAACAAAGAAAGAUCCCCGUCCCAUUCUGAAAGGUUGCAGGAAAUGCCUGUCAUAUAUCAUGAUACCCAGAGAAGUUAAGAAGUGUCCUUCAUGUAAUGCUUUUUUGUUCAAUGUAUGAUAGCAUGCGAAGAACUGAAUAAAAUCGAGCAAUGUGCUGUGCAAAUUUCCGGUUUGAGUUCAAGGAGAACAACUUGAUCAGAAAUUUUUUGAAAGUUGAAUGACUGGUCUCAGUUGGCUUUAACAAGGUGUCUCUUUCAUCGCACAGUGACGCAACAAAUCUAAACACAGCAACAAAUUUUUAAAAUGCUUGAAAAGUCUUAUAUUUCAUGUAUCGGCCAUUUUGAUGUUGAGUUGAGCUACAAUUCCUUCAUUGAUGCUUUGUUAGAUCUUUAAUUUUUGGUGGGGUUAAUUCAGAUUGAUUAUGAUUGCUCUCUUAA